UUUCCACGAUAGAGGGGCACCAGUAUGAUUAUUAUGAUUCGACUAGAUUCAAUAAUUAACCAAAGUUAAAGCGGUUUUUAGCUUAUAACCGCAGUUUCUAUCAGUUUACGUGCACACAUUCGUAAGUGCACUUCACGCAGUCAGUUAGUGUUUUUCUACUGAGGAGCAGCGUAAAAAACUUGCGAUGGCACAAGGCAAAGGGGACAUCGGUUUGAUCGGCUUGGCCGUCAUGGGGCAAAACCUCAUCCUCAACAUGGCUGAUCACGGCUUCACUGUCGUCGCCUUCAACCGUUCGGUGGAAAAAGUCCACGCUUUCCUGGCCAACGAAGCCAAGGGCAAAAGCAUCAUCGGUGCUGAGUCCAUCCCUGACUUGGUCUCCAAACUAAAAACCCCACGACGAGUCAUGAUGCUUGUUAAAGCCGGCGACGCCGUCGACAGCUUCAUCGACCAGCUGGUGCCCCACCUCCAAAAGGGUGACAUCAUCAUCGACGGCGGCAACUCCGAAUACCAGGACUCUGAGCGCCGCUGCAAGGAUUUGCGCGCCAAGGGGAUCAGAUUCGUGGGGGCCGGCGUCUCGGGGGGCGAGGACGGCGCCCGCUACGGACCGAGUCUCAUGCCGGGGGGCAACAAGGAGGCCUGGCCGUACAUCAAGGAUAUUUUCCAGGGUGUCGCGGCGAAGACCGACGGGCAGCCGUGUUGCGAUUGGGUUGGGAAUGAUGGGGCUGGGCAUUUCGUUAAGAUGGUGCACAAUGGGAUCGAGUAUGGGGACAUGCAGCUGAUCGGGGAGGUGUACCACAUGAUGCAAGCCAUUGGGAUUGACCAGGGGAAGAUGGCGAAGACGUUUGCCGAGUGGAACAAGGGCGAAUUGGACAGUUUUCUGAUCGAUAUCACCAAGGAUAUCAUGGGUUUUAAGGAUAAGGAUGGCAAAUAUCUGCUCCCAAAAAUCCGGGACACGGCCGGCCAAAAAGGCACCGGCAAAUGGACGGCCAUCGCGGCGCUAAACUACGGCAUGCCUGUGACCCUAAUCGGCGAAGCAGUUUUCAGCCGGUGCUUAUCAGCCCUGAAAAACGAGAGAAUCACAGCCAGCAAAGUCCUCCCAGGCCCUACCGCCAAAUUCACCGGAAACGUCGACCAAUUCCUGGAGGAACUGCGCCAGGCGUUGUACGCGAGCAAAAUUGUGUCCUACGCCCAAGGUUUCAUGUUAUUGCGUGAAGCUGCAGGAGUCCACAAUUGGGAUCUCGACUACGGUUCGAUUGCCCUCAUGUGGCGAGGGGGCUGCAUCAUCAGAUCGGUGUUCUUGGGACAGAUCAAACUCGCAUUUGAUAAAGAUCCGAGUUUGCGGUCGUUGCUUUUAGCUCCUUUCUUCCUAAAUGCGAUUACAAGGUCGCAAAAUGCUUGGAGGAAUGUUGUCUCAACGGCAAUUAAAUUAGGAGUGCCAACCCCGGCACUUAGUACGGCCUUGGCGUUCUAUGAUGGUUAUCGUUCUGAACGUCUGCCUGCAAAUUUGUUACAAGCCCAACGGGAUUAUUUCGGGGCUCACACUUAUGAAUUAUUAGGUCAAGAGGGUAAAUUUGUGCACACCAACUGGACAGGUCAUGGUGGGAAUGUCUCAUCAUCAUCUUACAAUGCUUAAAUUUUUUGUAAAUUAUUUACCACUAUUGUCCCAGUGUUUUUAAGGUUGUUUGUAAAUGAGCUAUUUUAAUACAGUAUUGUUGUAAAAGUGA